AUAAAUCUUGUUAAAGCUGUUAGAAAUAAUAAAUAUAUACACAUACAUUAAAUAAAACCACAAUUAAUCAAAAAAAAAAUCGAGGAGGAAAACAAAAAGGCAACCGUUAAGCAGGUAUCGACGUGCAACAGAGCAACAAACGCAACGCUUCCAGAUCAAAUAUCUCUUAAGCAAGUAGGCAAAGUUACUAUUUUUCAACACACAGCAUUUUAAGCAACUUCGACGUAAGGACACAAUUUAAAACAAACAACAACUAAACGGAUAUUUUUGUGAAUUUUAAUCGCCCGGCGAACACUGAGUGAUUGAAGAUUUUUAAAUAGCAGAUAUUAAAAUAAGCAAAAAAGGGAGGAAAAAAAAAUUUAAAAAAUUGAGACAUUGCGAAGCCAGAACAGUAAUUAAGCAGUCACUUUGCAACCCCCCAGCACAGAUCGACACAUCCACUAAAUGUUGCAUUACAACAUCGGCGAACAAUACCCUCAACUAUUGGCGACACAGCAACGUAAACGUUUCCAACAGACGCGAUCACGGCACCUGCAACCGGACGACGCGGCGCUGUUGCUACAGCAGCAGCCGCCAGCACAGCAAUCGGAGCAGCAGCAGCAGCAGCAACAACAGAAGAAGCCCGUGCGCAUAUUUCGCGUACACUACCUACGCAUCAACUCCAAGGACGGCUGCGGCGGCCUCAGUAAAAGCAGCAGCCUCACCAACCUAUCCACCAGCGCUGGCGCGUCGAGUUGUAAUGGCAUCGGCGCCACAAAUGCAACAACAAACAAAAUGAAGACGAUUGCACCGAAUAUACGACGACGUCGCCGCUGCGACAAGCAUCACCUCGAGCUGGCCGCCACAGCAGCGGCCGCCGCUACAGCCCACUCGGCCAUGCCGGGGCUUGCGCAUGGCGCCUCCAUCAGCAUGCCCGCCUCGGUGUGCUCUUCGGCCACGGCGUCGACGGCCACAUCACCCAUCGAGGACAUUGCGUUGCCGGCACCCCCUAUAACGCCGCCACCGGCAUUCCUCUCGACCGGCUAUAAGCGUUCGUGCGCCGGUGCCAGCAGCAAGGCGGCCUCAAGCGCAGCAGCAAGCGCAAAACUAAGCGUAAAGCCAGCAACUACAGCCAACCAAGCCAGCCAAGCCAAGCUGGGUGCAGCGGGUGGUGGUGCAACAGCAGUGAAGUCGUCUGGAUUGAAGCCGUCGCCCGGCGGCAAGGUGCUGGGCAUGCGGCGUAUGCUAG